AUGGACCUCAAGAACAUUGAGCCAAAGCACGACAUUGCCAUGCUAUGGAAGCAGGAUGAGACUGGUUCUGUCAACGUCGCCAAGGUCGUCUGCGAUGCCAACUCGAUCAAGGUCAUAUUCAAGGACAACACGGCGUUCGAGACGGCCCAAGACAAGUGGCCCGGCCAAGGACAAUUCCUGUUCGUGACGAAUGCUCAGGGAAACUGUGACCAGGAGACCGAGAGAGGCAUCUACCGCGCCGACGGCGUCACGGCCAAUCAAGAAUCCAAGACGUUUGAGAUUGCGGUGCAAAAGACGGAUUUCAAGGAGACGACCGAGGACACGGAUAUUACAGUUGAUAGUAUCACAAUGCCGGGGCUCUCGAGGCGAGCCGAGUUCUCCAAGAAGUUCGAGACGUCGUACGACAUGGAGCACAGCAAGGAGCUCUUUAACUACAAGAACGUGUCCCUGGUCGCUGAUCAUCUCCACAUAGAGGCGGGCGUAACAUUCUCGGGCAAGAUCAAGAUGAAGUGGUUCUCCGUCACCGAGUGCUGGUUCGACAUGAGCGGCCACGCGGCCCUGGACCUUGGCCUCCAGCUCCAGCUCAUGGCGCAGUUUCAGGAAACCAUUAGCAAGUCAACGAGCCCGCUCACUUUUCCUCUUCUGGCGGUCCCGGGCAUCAUCACGGUCGGUCCGGCCGUCCAGUUUGGCGUCGGCAUGGACAUUGCAGCCAUCGCUGCCCUGACCGCCGAGGCCAAUGUCAAACUCGACUUCCCCAAUGCCCAGUGGCACGUCGACCUCGUCGACGGCGAAAAGUCCAAGUCGGAAGGCUUCACGCCAAACACCGAAGCCAACGUCAAGCUGGGCGGAAGGGCCUCACUCCUCAUGGACCCCUUUAUUGACUUUCGCAAGGAGGUCUUUAACACCAACCCAGAGGGCGGCGAGCAGAAACCGGCCGAGGCACCCUCAGGAACUCCCAGGAGGCAAGGAGGACGCCAGCGGAGAGCCGGAAAGUCACACGGCGGCAAGGGCCCCAACUCCAUCUUCGGGGACGACGACAAGCCGGACAAGGGCAAGAAGAACAAGAACAACCGCACCACUAAGCCCCGGAAGAGCCAAAAGCAGGCCAAGAAUGACGCCGACAAGCAGGAGCUCCAAGAAGACAACAAGCCGUCCAAGACUCCGGAGCAGAAGGCGGCCGAGAAGAAGGCCAAGGAGCUUCGACAGCAGUCCAACGACGUGGCAAAGAGCUGCUCCAACGGCGUGCACCUCAAGAGCGAGGUCCAGCUCGACAUCUACGCAUUUAUCCUCCAGUGGGAGAAGUCAAUUUUCCAUAAGAACUUUGACCCCUUCUUCGACCAGUGCUACUCGUUUUAG